AUGGCUGUAGAACAAGGGGCAAAUGCGAUAACUGAAGCAGUGAAAGCACUGUUCGGAUUAGUGAGAGGGGAGGUAGCAGCAGUUAAGGAGGAGCUGGCCGCAGUUAAGGAGGUGGUGGUACGGCAGAAGGAGCGAGUGGUGAUGCUGGAGGAGAGGAAUCAGGUGUUGGAUAAUGAGGUGAAUGAGUGGAGGCGUGCUGUGGGGGAGAAGAGUGCGGCGGCUGCUGCUGUGGUGGAGAUGAGGGGGGACGAGUUGGCACUAGUGAAAGAGCAGUUGAGUGGAGUGAGGGAGGAGUUGGCUGAACACAAGGCUAGGCGAGCAGAGGAGGUGAUCAGAGCCAAAGGGGAGUUGGAGGAGGCUGAGAGGAGACAAAUGGCAGAGAUGAGGGAGAUGAGAGGGCAGGUGAAGUGGGGGGAGAGGGAGCUGGCAGCAGUGAGGGGGGAGUUGGCUGCGGUGAAAGGAGAGCUGGCUGAACACAAGGAAGUUAUGGCAGAGCAAGUGGAGGCUAAAAAGGAGCUGAGUGAGCUUAGGGAAGAAUUGACAGCGUUGAGUGGAGAUUUGGAGGGGCAGACGAAUAUUCUGAAAUGUCAUUUGGAGGAAGCUGAGAGACGAAGAGCAGAGGAUUUGAGUGAGCUGAAAGGAGAGGCGGAGGAGAGGGAGAGAACUCUGGCAGCUUUAAAGGGGGAGUUGGAGGAGGCUGAGAGGAGAAAAGUGGCAGAGAUGAGGGAGAUGAGGGGAGAGGUGGAGGAGACGAAGAGGGGUUUGGAAGAGGCUGAGAGGAGACGAGUGGUGGAGAUGAGAGGGCAGGUGGAGGAGAGGGAGAGAGAACUGGCAGCAGUGAAGGGGAAAUUGGCUUUACACGAGGAUGUUAUCAGCCAAGAUCCAAAGUUGACUGUUGAGCUGAAAAUCAGGGACAGUGAAGGGAACACGAAGACUGUGUGGGAGGUGAGUGCUCAAUGA